CACCGACGCGGCGUGAAUGCGUUAAUGAAUUUGUAGCCAACUUCACUGCGACAACUUCGAUGGGACUGAGUGUACAUAGGACUUGAAAGCAUGAUUCUUCGAAUUUUACAAUCGUGUAUGCACCCUUGGAAGAAAAAAUGUUUCUGAACCGCUAAUUAUAAAGAAAACUCGUUGAUCUUCCUUGAUUUUACCAGGAGGGUCUUCGAGAUCGUUUUAGGAUCGAGUCGAUCCAUCGAUCGAAAUCGUUAAUUGAUGUGAUUAAUUCGCUUUAGAAUUAGUCGAUUCGAUUGACUGUCUUAAAAUAAAAGAAAAAAAAAUCCCCUUUAAAUAAAAAAACAUUGAUUUAUCGUAUCCCGAUAGUGUUGAUAUCCUCUCGUCUGAGAUUAGAGGGGAUAGAUAAUUUGGGAAGAGACGAAAAAUUAGCAAGAGACGACCAAGCGUGACAAAAGAGAAAAAUAUUGUAAUAGAGAGAGAAAAAUAGACUUCCCAAUCUUUUUCAACUACGGGGAAGCACUUCUUCGUGGACCAACCAGUACGUAGAAACGAGAAAAAGAAGACGAAUUGUUUUUCGGUUCGAUUCGAUAAAUAGUAUGUACAAUAUUUUACAGUAUUUCACAAUUUAUUGUUUAUAGGACAAAAUAGAGAUCGUUUUCUUUUCCUCGUUGGUAUCAUUCUUUAGUCUUGCGAAAGACGAAAUCGAUUUCCAGCGACUUCGAGAAGUCGAUGGAUAAGCAAAGGACAAAAAAAAAAAAAGAAAAAAUAUAAUAAACCACGAUGUAGCAUUUUUCAAGGGGAAUAUAGUCGAAUCUCGCGUGUUAAACGAUAUAAAUAAAACAACUCUACAUUACGAUUCAUUUUAUUGUUCGAGCGCUGCUGCGUUUUGUAUUAUUCGAGAAAGCAACGGAGAGAAAUGAAAGAAAUAAAUUCCUAUAAAUAGGAAGGCGUGUUUCGAUGAAAUUUACGAUUCGAUGCAUUUUUCGUUGCAUCUAUGCAUGUGCCACGAAAUUCUAUUCCUUUUGUCCUAUAUUAUACACUCGUGUAGAAAAAGAAACAAAUAGAAAAAUAUCACCGUCUCCUUUGAUGUUACCAGUACGAUGAAUAUUUCAUUUUUUUUCUUUCUUUUAGAUGAGUGAGACGAAAGAGCCUUAAAAAAUUAAUGUCUGUCUGCGACAAAAAAGAGAAAACCUUAAAACUUUAAUGAUGCAUAGACGAUAUUUAUGAGUUCAUUUAUGGUUCUCUAAAAAACUUGACUACCGAUAUUAAAAACUACAAGGAAAUGUAGAUAUCCGUUUGUUCCUUGUCAUAAGAAAAAUAGGAAACAGUUUUAUAAGAUGUAUAAUAUAAAUGGUCCAAACUAUCUGGAUGUAAUUUGUAAUUUUGAUACGUGAAGGGGGACACGUUACCGAUCAUUUCGUUCUCUUUUCUACCCUAGAAUAAUUUUUCAUCCCUUUUUACUGCCUUCCUAACGAUCUAUCGCCUAUCCUCCCUUUUCUGUUCUUCUGUAUGUUAAAUUAUCCUGCGUUUGUAAAGUAAUAUACUGUCGGUUUUGUAUAAUCGAGACGGUGUACUGGCACCCAACAUGGACUUAAAACAGUAUAGGGAGACCCGUUUCUAUAAAGGAGGGUCGUAAAAUAUCUAUAAUCAAGGUUGUUUUAUGUAUGAUUGUGCGUGUAACAUUGUUAAUAAACUAACGAUGCUUAUGAAACUUUCACGUUUUAUACCUCGACUUCCUUAGGUAGAAAUUAUAAGACGCCUUCCUGCCGGGAAUUUGAAGGUAAAUUGACGCGUUUGUAUGAGGUAUAUUACGUAAAAGAUCUCCUGUGAAAACUAGACUAGAACUUAAAUAUCAAUCUAUUAUUAAACGUAAAUAUGAUUUGUAAAGAACAAUGGCAGAUAAGGAAAGUUUUGUCAAAACUCGGAAGCUACAUAUGUACAUGUUCUUUUUGAAAUACCCGCCAUUGUUUUGAAAAGCCCGCCAUAAUUCUGAGACGCCAUUGCCAGCUAGCAGUCGAUCGCCGAACAGCGUUGCAAGAGGUCGGUAACCUACGCAGCUUAUUACUUUUUAUUAACAUUGUAGCCAUUCUAUUAAUUACAUUGCAAUUGUAAAAUGUUUUACAUGUGUCAGCGAAGCAUUGAAAUCAUUUAUUUUAAGAAAGAAACACCUAUAAUAAUUUUCUAUUUUGUUAAUCUUACCAGUUACCACCAGGUGGUGCUAGUGACAUUGUUUUUUCGAUGCGCGCAUUAGUACAAAAUUAAAAACCACCUAAAAAUGAAGUUUGUAUGUUUUCACCGUAUUAAAUUAAUUGUUUUACAAGGACUUUGGUGUUCCAUAUCAUGUGGCCGACACUCCCAUGUGGUGACUGGUUUAUUCUGUGGUAUCGUCUGCUCGAAACAAAGAAUCGAUACAUCGAUCUUAUCGCUGUGCAAGUAUAGAGAUAUACAGAAAAACGUGCGUACAAAAUCGUAGAGAAAGGAAGGUGGUGUUUGAAACGGUGAUACAUAUGUAUUUCGAACGGGGCGCGACGGGACGGAUUCGAUCAGUUUCUGCGUCGUUUCUUCUGUCUCUGGUGCAGUGUUAUCGGCCUGUUAUCGUCGUGCAACACGUGUCAAUAUAGGCGCGCGUUGGCCGCGACGCCGGGUGCAUUCACCGACACAUGCGCACAUCAGCUGAACGAAACUCUUCAUAAACCGGCGGGAACACGUUUCUCGGGACUCAGUUGUACACGAUGCCACGGAUUGGCCGCGAUAGACCACGUACCACGUACUACACAACGCUCUUCCUUUUCUUUGCUUUAUCACGUUGUUGACGCGGCUGUUUUCGUCGCCGAGUAUUCGUCACGCGUACAUCAUACGCAUAACCUUUAAUUUCUGUUCGACGCACACGCUCGCGGUACACGCGUCCGACAUAAAGAAGCGCGACCGAUGCAUCAGUUCACCGGCACACUUCCCCGCCAAGGCGUGCGUCAAUUUUCGUUGAAGAAACCAGAGAAACGAGCUAACCAGAGAGAUAGAAUACUUCUGAAGGAAUGACCGUUCGUUUGCUCCUGGAAGAAGAUCAUCGGAGGAUCGACGAGGAUCGUCCGUCCCGUGGAUACGAUGCCACAGAAUCGGAAAAGGUGAAGUUCCAAGAUUCGAGGGACUCCGCUAGAUCGAGCACGACUUCCGGUAGCGCGGCCGCCAAUAAGCGCGCGAAGAACAAAAAGCGGCGGGAAACGCAACAGGAGUUCACGCAUUCGUGGAUGGUGGGCGCGUUGAAGGGCCACACCGCCACCGUCCUCGACAUGAAUUUCUCCAGCAACGGCAAGUUCCUCGCGAGUUGUGCCGAAGAUUGCGGCCUGCUCCUGAGAGAGGAGCUCCUGGUGGACCACGGGGAGAGCGACCGGUACGCCGGCUGUAAGGUGAACCGUGACACGCAGUCGUCGUCGUCGUCGUCGUCGUCGUCGUCGUCGUCGUCGUCGUCAUCGUCGUCGACAAAGACAUCGCCAGGAAGUCGAAGCAAGUCGUCGAGCGUGUCAACGUCCUCUUCGACGACGUCCACGUCCGGAAGUACGUCCACGGUGGCGACCGUGACCGCAUCCUCGACGACGACGAAAGAGGACCGAGCGAUCCUGAGCCGAAGACAACGCAAGAACCGCACCAGAGCACCGCGAGACCGACGCCGCGAGUUGUGCGACGACGAGCACGAGGACGAGCCCGCGACGCAGCAGGAGCAUCAUCGACACCAUCAUCGCCGCCAGCAGCACUAUCAGAACAGUCCGUCGCGUGAUUCUGUAUCCGUUCAAAUAAAUAGCACCGACGGUAGAAAGUCUGGUUCCAGAAGGAACAAAGCUCAAAGCGAUUCCCGUCGCGAAGAGAGGAAGAACGACGGUAUCUUCCUGAGCCUUCAGAGAAAGGAACUGCAUCAUCUGAGCGACGCGGCGGUUGCCUCGUUGCUUCGCAGAUACACGCUCACCGGGGAGCAGCUGGCUCACCUUGGUUACCCGGUCGAGUGCAGCUAUUUCCCGGGCUACGCUGUGAUCAUAAAUUAUCUUCAGCAUCCUAUAGGACAUCGGAUUCGUAGCUAUCAUCAUUUAGACGUGAACGCGCAAGAGUUCAUCCCUGGAAGCGGUACCAGUUCCUGGACGAUGGCCGAGAGCGAAGGAGACAGCGGACACUGCAGCGGUAGUUCGGUGGAGAGUUCCGAUCUCGAGCAAGAAAGUUCCUCGGACAGCGACAAAUACUCGGACAUAGGCGAGUCCUCCUCCUCGUCCUCCACCACCGACUACUCUUGCCCUUGGUCGUCGUCGUUCGCCUCGAGUUCUCAGGAAUCGUCGCGAAGGUAUUCCACUCCAGAGCCUUACGAAUUGGUGGUGGUGGAGCGCCGUUGCGCUAGGUGUUACAAGAGCUUCUACGUGAACCGAGAAAGCGGCGAGUAUCUCCACGAGGAACGUUGCGUCUACCAUUGGGGCAAACUUCGAAGCGGUCUCGUGGACGGUGCUCACAGCGAGACGUGGGAGUGUUGUCGAGGUCGUGAGACGGCUAGAGGCUGCACCAACGCCAGGAUGCACGUGUGGACGGGUCUGGCACCCGGUUACAACGGUCCCUUCGACGGUUACGUGCACACCAGACCGGCCAGGAUCGUACCGAAAGAUGGUAACUACGGGGUGUACGCUCUCGACUGCGAGAUGUGUUUCACGCGACGUGGCCUCGAAUUGGCCAAGGUGACGGUGAUCGGUAUGGACGGUAACGUAGUGUACGAUGCCCUGGUGAAACCCGACGACGAAGUGAUCGAUUACAACACAAGGUUCAGCGGCAUAACCGCGUCGGAUUUGUCGAAGGCGUCGAAAACGUUGAGGGACGUUCAAAGGGACUUGACCAGUUUCGUUCACGCCGAAACCAUAUUGAUAGGUCACGGUCUGGAGAACGAUCUUAGAGCGUUGAGAUUGUUGCACACAACGGUGAUCGACACGUGUGUCGCGUUCCCCCACUUCCUCGGUUAUCCAUUUCGCAGUAGCUUAAAGACCCUCGCGAGGACAGUGUUGCGAAGGGAGAUCCAAGUGGCGGAACACGACUCCAUCGAGGACGCUAGAAUCGUAUUAGAUCUCAUGCUUAGAAGACUACAACACGAUCUCUCGUGGGAGUGUUCCGAGCCAUCGUGAAAUAACCAACGAAUAACGCGGUUGUACAUACUAUCUUGGUGACUCGAAUAUACCAUAUACUAUAUACAUAAAUAUGUACAGUGAAUGGAACUCUGUCGGAGGUGAUGGACCUCGGCACCCGAGAACUGAACAAAUUUCGUCGAGUCUACCUAAGGUUUACCGGGCGAUCACGCGGUCCUGUCGAUGUAUCACUUUCUUUUGUCGUUUUUUCUUUAGUGUCGAAAAAACAGAGAAAAAAAGCGCUAACGAGAAUCGAAUCUGUCAGGACGGGAUCCACGCUGAUUCCCCAGCAACUCUUCCGUCAGUGUUCAGUUCCAAGUGAAGUCUGUGAUAUGUUACAUAUAUACAGAAAGAUAAAAAAAGAAGCUACACGUGUAUGAGCGCGUCCCAGCGCGUUCGGUCAUUCGCACAGAUAGACUUAUAGGCACACCAUACUCCCAUAACACACGAUUCAUACGUUCAGUUUCAUUCAUGCGAUACAUUCAGUUUGUAAGGUGCGUCGUUGCCGAGGAAAAGGUUUAGCUCGAUUUCAGUUGCGACCACUCGGUACCACACGAGUGAUGGAAUAAUUUUUUUUAAUAAUCUUUCUCUGUUUGUUUCCUUUCUAUAAAUGAAUCUCACUUGUAACGUCGAUAAGGGCUGUUCGUAUUUUUCUCUCUUUUUUUUUAUUUCGUCCAUCGAUUCAAUUUUGUUGAAGAAACAGAAGUACAAAGUAGGCUGGUGUGAGAUAGAAAAAAGAAAAUGAAAUGUCAUUUUUUGGGAUGAUCGAGUUUGAAGUAUGACAAGUCACCCUUGAGUUCGAUUCGAGCCUGUAUGCUGCGUUUCGAUUGCGUUCGCGGUGCAUUUCUUUCACCCAAACAGUAUACGAGCUACGUUGUUGAUGUUGUUUUAAAACGUUCGAAGUACAAUGGUUACAAUUGUUAAAUUUAAAGCAACAUGACAGAAGUGUGAGAACACUAAUAAAACGAUUAAACAAAAGAAACAAAAGAAUAUUUCCUUUGUGUAUUUCGAUUAAGAUACAAGUCCCAUCCGCGAAACGUUUUCCUCGACAAACGCUCAACGCGUAAAUUCAUGUUAAUAAUAGGUAUCUCGUGCUUGACAUACUUUCAUGAAGAUAUCAUUACUCAUAUAUACGUAUAGGAUGUUUCAAAAAAGAUCUACAUCAUGAAACCUGUACGAUCCUAUUCUUCGCGACAAAACAAUUCGAAAAGUCCUUUACCAUUUUUCAAUCCGACGUUUCGUUUCGGAGAUACAAGCGAUCAAAGAUUGAGCGCUCCACUUCCGGUCCCGCGCGCAUGCGCAGUCAGGCGACCAAUCAGCUGUUCCGCGCAGGAGCGCAAGGAUUCAAGAUGGCGUCUCAGGAUUUAAACUACUCGAUCUUUAAUCGACUGUAUCUCCGAAACGAAGCAUCGUAUCGCAAAACGGUAAAGGACUUUUCGAUUCCGUUUUUCACAGAGAAUUCGUAGCUUUCACGAUCUACAUUUUUAUUUAAAACACCCUGUAUAUAUAGACACAUUUAUACGCGUAGGAUAAACACACACACGUUUUAUACCUUACGACCUGUCUCAUGCAUAUUUCAUUCAGCGUUGUUUUUUCGUACACGUACAAAGCGAGAGGAGGACACGCGGCGUCAUUGAUGCUGGUAAGUGUCUCUCGGGCUUCCACCGAGCGGUUUGCAUUUAAAUUCUCUAGAAAAUGUCGGUAAAAGGAGGACACCGCGAAUUCGAGAUGUUCCUCGCGGAUUUAACGAGUUUUCUUAUAUAAAAUUUCAGUUGUGUUUUGUU